AGCGACUCCAAUUUCAUCCAUAGGUCACGUAAAUUCAACAGAGAAACCUCCGUACUCGUGUAUGUGAGUGUAUCUUCGUUGUUCUCUGUUUGCGCGAUUUCCGCGAAGAUAGAAGCGAGACAUCGUAAUAGAGGUAGAGAGUUACUGCAUCAAAAAUGGCAGGGGGCGCGACGAGGUUUGCUAUUCUUCUUUUGCUGGCACUCUACUGCUCCUCCACAAUCGCGGCAAUCGACGUCGUGGAGGAGAUACAGGAAGCGGUAGAAGCGGCGAUGGAGCAGUCGGGCCAUGCCGUGUCGGAUGCGAUGGAGACGGGCGGUGUUCUUGACGCUAAAGAGCUGGAAAGUCUGAAUGUCGAAGAGAAUCCGGCCUGGAAUGAUUUCCUCACCAACACCCUUCCUGAUCCGUUGGCCGAUGGACAGGUGAGUACGGAGGAACUGCACGACUACCAAACUAAUGUGGCUUCGAGCUACGAGCCCAGCGAAGCCGCUGCAAUCGUGGAGCAAGUCAACAGCCCGUCAAGAGCGAUCGACGAAGCCGGCGUGGGGGCGGAGGCUGCCGGGGCGGGAGAUGGCGGGAAAAAUCUGAUUGAAGAUGCGGGCGUGACCGAGAAGCAAGCCGCACUGGCGCACUUUGUUAUCGCGGACCAGAACGCUGCGCGAGAAGUGGAGCACUACAACGAGCUGCCGCUGGAGGAGAAAAGCAAAAUCAUCCGGACCCUUGACACGAACCACGACAUGGAGUUCGUUGGCGCGGAGAAGGAUCGCGCGGCCGCGGCAAGCAGUGCAGCGAUUGCUAGGGAUGAGAAUCACGUCAGCCUCGAGCAGCAGAUCCAGCAAGCCUAUCCCGUGAAGCACCUCUCUCUCCGGGCUUCCGCUGCAAAGGUCCCGUCCGUGAACGCGGCCGACGGCUUGGACCAGUGGGAGCUGGACAAACUGCAGCGUGAGUCGGAGGACAGCGGCAUGUGGCGGGAUCUCGAGGACAAAGCAGAGUGGCACAACAUGCUAGCUUCCGAAACCAGGAGGCGCAGGAUGUUCACCAACCACCAUAACAUACAUCAUCUGGAGCACCUGGCCCUAGACGCUUUACCGCGGGACCAGACACUUUCCCCGGAAGACCUGCGACGCUUGGAAGUCGAAGAGAAUGAGGAUCGCAUGGACCACCAGCUGGAUGCGAUCCGCAACCUGGACCCGGGCGAGAAAGAGUACUUCAACAGCCUACGCGAUGAGAAGGGGGAGUUGUCGCGCGCCGAUUUGCAGCUCGUGCAUGAGUACGCCUUGGGGGGUACAGAGGGCGUGAGUCCCAGCGGCGGGGGAAGUGGCAAGGACGCAGCGAAGGCGCUCGCCAGUCCAAAUUGGAGUUUCCUUUCUACCAACGCUUGGGACAAAAUGUCUGCGGCGGAAAGGGUCAAGCUGAUGCUGGCGGACAAGGAUCACGACGGCCAGCUUUCCACCGCGGAAGUUGAGGCAACCGAUUGGUAUCAUGAGUACGCGAAGGAGCACGGGGGUGCAGCGGCACAGCAGACGCUGAUGGAGUCGGGUGGGAGGUCAAAGAUUCUGGAAGAAGUGAUCCGGGAUCGACACCCGGGUGGGUGGUACGAAUUCGACGCCGUGAACCAGAUCGGCAAACCCGUCGCCGGGGUCGCGGUGGUUGGCGGUGUCGCCGCUGCUAGUGCACCGCUGGUGUCCCGCGUGGUGUCCACGGUGCGGGAGAAGAAGAGCAAAAAGGACAAAGAGGCCUAUCAGGCGGAACGGGCAAAGCGCGAGGAGAAAAGGAAGCAGCAGGAUCUUGAGGAACGCAAGGAAGAAGAGGAAGUGGAGCAGAAGUGGGGCGAAAAAGAAACCAAACAGACAGAAGCGUCUCCUGUGGCUGUGCCCAGUGACAUCAGCACCACCACCGCUUCUACUACCGACACUUCGUCUGCAUUGCUCGCGUCCAUUCCCAGCCGGCGACGUGGCGGAUACCCGGCCGGGACUUUCGACUCAGAUGAAGAGGAUACUAAGUGGUCAGCUCUAUUGCAAGCGCGGAUACUAGAGGAUGAACAAGUGGGCGGGGAUGAAGAAAUGACUAACAGCAUGAACACGAACUGGAAAAAAUCCACCGACACGUCGAAACAUGAGCAAAGUCGUGGGGAGCAUGAGAACACCAGCACCGCGACUGCAAAAGAGCACCAGCACCGCUACGUGGACAAGGUUCUGGACCACAGGGCACUGCAAGAUGAAAGUUCUGUAGCGGCAGCAUCAGUUGCCUCCGCGCUCCAAACGCAGCCCGCAAGGGGAGAGAGUCGGAAAUUGCAGACAGAGGAGGUGGUCGUGUGGUCUGACGACGAGCAGUUCUUGGGGGCGGAAAGUGUAAAAGCAAGUGCGGAAGAUACAAACGGGGCUGACGUUUCGGCCUCCACCAAGCAGCAGCAGGAGACGAGUGGCGGAGCCGAAGCUGGAGCAGAACAAGAAACAAAGAUGAUGAAGAAGAUCACCGAUCGAGGCGGACGCAAUCUGCGUGGUCGGUGACCUGAUCAUGAAACAUCCGCUCUGUUAAAGAUAAAACGAAGCAAAUCCACAUGCUCACUUGGCCGCAUCCAUCGUAAGGAUCGUUUCGUUUGUUGCGACGCAAGAACGACAACGGAUAUCGCGGACCUGCC